GUUUAUAAUAUCGAGAUUACUACUCAUAUUUUUAAAGAAAAAAAAGUUUAUAGAACCGCUAUGGCAAGCUUGAAGCUUUACAUCAAGAUUGUUGCAUUAUGCUCCGUCUGUCUUAUCAGCGUAUCUUCAUUUGACCCUGACUCAGAGUUUAUAAGAACUCACAGUUGCAAAGUCAAUAAAACAGAAACAGUAGAUGAUGGAUUUGCUUCUUAUUACUUGCAUGAGGUUAAUUGUAUAAACUUAGAGCCAAGUUCUUUCCCAAGCGCCAUAUGUUCAUCCACAAGAUGUCGCGAACCUAUAAAUGGAAAACCUUUGUCUGGCAAAAGAUACGAACCAAAAGAAGUAUUGUUUAAACUACACUUUGACAGUCGUCUAAAUGGCAAAUUCACAAAAUCACUAACAAUUGCAUGCAGAUGUGUCAAAGUCGAAAAAUUGACUAAACGGCGAAAAGGAGGACGGGGCCGAAAAGGAGGAAAAGGCAAGGACAAGAAAUCUCGUCGAGGAAAAAAAGCAAGAAAAGCUCAUAGAACCUCAUAAUGCUUCAUUG